AUGGAGCUCUUGGCAAAAUUGGCUGCGGCUGUGAAUGCCGCCGGCGGCGUCAGCGCGGGCGGUGGCGGCGGGGCCCCGGCGGCCCGCCUGUCCGGCGGCGGAGCGCAUGGGCGGCGCCGGGCCGCCGGGGAGGCGCGGGCCGCGGGCUCGCGCGCGCCGCACGUGCUGGUGGACCCCGCGCCCGCCAGGACCAUCGUGGUGUGCCGCAGCGCGGACCCGUUGUACGUGGGCCGCAAGUUCGUGCCGUCGCGGCGCCGCGUGGCCGCCUUCGAGGCGCUGCUGGAGCGGCUGAUGGAGCAGGGGGAGGUGCCUUUCGCUGCGCGGCGCCUCUUCACGCCGACGCGCGGGCGCCCGGUGAGCGAGCUGGACGCGCUGCAGGCCGCCGGCAAGUACGUGGCGGCCGGGCGCGAGCGCUUCGGGAAGCUGGAUUAUUUUAAUAUAGUUCCCAGCAAACCUGCAAAGAUGAGAAAGUUGAAGGAAAUCAAGCCGGUGGUACAUUGUGACAUAAGCGUGCCUUCCAGGUGGCGAACGUUCCAUCGUUUAUCCCGACAAAUCACUGUUUUCACAAAUGGAAGAUUAUUUAUUCUACCUGUAAAGACUGUUAUACCCAAGUUCAGCCUGACGGGGUGGAACUGCGUGCUGGACACGAUCGGAGAGAAGGUCUUUCCGCUGAGAGGCGUUCGAAAAUUAUUUACAAAGAAUGGGCAUCUUCUGGACAACUCAAAGGAUUUGCAAGACAACCAUUUUUACAGGGCAGGACUGGAGGCCUUCAAGUAUUUCCCUUAUUGGAAGUCCCCAAAGGUCCCCAGCGAAGCCCAACAAAAGUACACAGACAUUGAGAAGUAUUCACGAAGAAAGAAAAAAGAGGAUCCCAAGGUGAAAGAAACUCAUAAAUAUGACAACAUUCCACCCAAAGCACUGGAUUCUAUUUUUUACGCCAAAGAAGGAAGGAAGAAACCAAAGGCAGAACCUUUAAUCCAAAGCGGGGCAGAUGGUGACGUGUAUAAAGCCCAGACUCCUAACAAGGAAACCCAAGGAGCACCAGAAGUUAAGGAGGCCCCAGACGUGCAUGUGGAGGUGCCUCUGGACCAGAAACCAGCCGAGAUCGUGAAAGAAGAGACACAUGGUCACAUGCUUAAUUUUGAAAGCAACAAGCAUCUCUCAAGAACCUCAGCAAGAGUAAGAAAGUGGUUCCGUUUCCUGCAGAUCAGAGCACAGCAAGGAAAUGGGCCUCUGGCACCCUUUCCUGGGGCAGGAUCCAUUCCUUCGUGCUCUCUGAGAGGAAGGAUGCGGCAAACUAAUCACCUAAAUGUGCACAGCAUGCACCUUCGUGGCACUCAGGUGUGCCUCUUUGAGGAGUUUGAGGACACAGGGCAGAAUGUGAGGUGGGCUUCCCUGGUGGAAAGGGUGUCGGGCAGGAGAGCAGCCUCAGGGCUGUGCCAGGCCCUGCAGGACUGGACCUCCAUGUGGUCUGAUCUGCUGAUUUUCCGUGGGUUUGUUCUCGGCCAGGGCCCCAGUCUGCCGUUUGACACCAGUGGUGUGAGUUAUGACUACAAGCAAUACAUUGACAGGCAGGAGGAAGAGCUGGCCCUGGUCGGCUGGCUGACGUCUCUGGAGAAAUUUCUCAGGCCCCGCCUGCUGUAUAGAUCAGCACCAAGACUGAACAGCGGGAGACAACUUGUGCUCAUCCACACCGUCUGCAUGGUCCACAAGAUCCACAAGAUCCACACCAUCCACAUGGUCCACAAGAUCCACACCAUCCACGUGGUCCACAAGAUCCACAAGAUCCACACCGUCCAUGUGGUCCACAAGAUCCACACGUCCACAUGGUCCACAAGAUCCACACUGUCCAUGUGGUCACAAAGAUCCACAAGAUCCACACCGUCCACAUGGUCCACAAAGAUCCACACCGUCCACGUUGUCCACAAGAUCCACACCGUCCACGUGGUCCACAAGAUCCACAGGAUCCACACUGUCCAUACCGUCCACUCCACCCAAACUAUCCAUGCCAUCCACACCAUUCACAUCAUCCAUACACAUCCUCGACUUUAA